AUGAAUACACAGCCUCAUAUGAGAACAAAUGAGGCUAUUGACUUCCUCAGAGAAGAAUUCUCACUCACUGCACAUCCAAAAAUGGUGUACAGAGCAGUUAGAGAGGCAAGAGAGAGAAUCAUGGGUAAUGAGAGGGAGCAGUAUAGUAAUGGGUUCAAAAGUGGGUGUAGGCCAUUGAUACAUCUUGAUGGCUGCUUUCUGAAGACUUAUUAUGGUGGACAACUCCUCACAGCAGUUGCCCAGGAUGCCAAUAACCAAUUUUACAUGGUUGCCUAUGGAGUAGCUAGGUCUGAAACUAAGGAAUCCUGGAAGUGGUUCUUGACUCUUCUCGAAGAGGAUUUGGGGGAUGUGCAGACUCAUGGAUGGAACUUUAUGUCCGACCAACAAAAGGGACUGCUACCUGCUUUGAAGGCAGUUAUGCCAAAUGCCCAUCACUGGAACUGUGUGAUGCACAUUUGGAAAAAUUUUAUCAACCGAUUUAAAGAUCUCUAUAUUCGGGAGGUGGUUUGGGACUGUGCUAAAUACACCACAAUACCAGAAUUUAAGGAGCAAAUGGAGAAACUCAAGCGAAUCAACCAGGGUGCAUGGGAGUAUUUAUCGAAAUUUGAGCCUGCAACUUGGGUGAAGGCCUACUUCUCACAUGGACCAAAAGUGGACAACCUCACAAAUAACAUGUGUGAGGUGUUCAACUCGAAGAUUGUAAACUAUAGAAGCAGGCCUAUUCUCACAAUGUGUGAAGAAAUAAGGUGCUAUCUAAUGCGGAGGAUGGUCAAGCAUAAGCAGUUGCUACAAAAUGUUUCUGAAAAGCUGGCACCUGUACAGCAGAAGAGGCUGGAUCGUCUUAUUAGGCCCAGUAAUAAGUGGGUUGCAGAGUGGACAGGUGACGAAGAUCGAAAGAGGUUCGAAGUGAGUCGUAAGACAACAAAGGUGGAUGUGGAUCUCAUCAAGCAAACCUGCUCAUGCAACAAAUGGCAGCUGACUGGCAUGCCCUGUAUCCAUGCAGUAGCAGCAAUCAGGAAAAGACAUGAUCAACCAGAAGAAUAUGUGCAUCCAUGGUUAUGCAUGGAGUCAAUCCAUAAGACAUAUGCCUAUGCUAUUCAACCGGUGCCUAGUCAGGAAUUUUGGACACGGAGUGAGUAUUCGAGACCAGAUCCUCCCAUCAUAAAGAGACCAAUCGGCAGACCAAAGGUACACAACAGACAAAAGGAUCCGGCUGAACCAAUGAUGCAGCAAGGUGCCAAGCUUAAGAGAUCCUUUAAGGUUACUUGUAGUAAAUGUGGGUCAGAGGGACAUAACUACAAGAUAUGCAAGGGUGCUCCAUCUAACCCCAACUGGAAACCUAAGACCAAGAAGUCCAAGAAAGGUGGGACAAGUCAGUCACUAGUUGUCAUUCCACUAUCACAGUCAGCACCACAGGAUGAUGAUGCCCCUAACACCCAAAGUGCUCCAUCUAGCCAGGCAGCAACACCAAACCCUGUAACACCAGCUUCCGUCGCAGACCAACCCCAGCCACGUCGUGUAACUAGAGGUACACCAUUUAGGCCUCCACUCCAAGUUCCAUCCACACCUCACCAAACAUUUCAACCAAAAACUUCAAAAAUCAGGCCCAAAUAG